AACAACAGAGUUCUACGCCGUAUCUCUCUAUCUUCUCGUGUACAACUUCUUCACUGGGAUUUUGGAUUUUCUUCUGGAAUCUCUCUCGAUUUCUAAAAGAAUUUGAAGUUUCCGUUUCGUUUGUCCGAAUCAAGAUCUCAACCUGUUCGUUGCGUCUUCAGUGGGGUUCUGCGUCACCCUCGGUCGUUCUCUGUUCUCUCGUAGAAUUGCUUGAAGAGUGCGACGGUGUGAUCCACUACCUGUUCUUCUGUUCCGACAGUGUGCACAUCCCAGGGCGUGGCGAAUAAUCACUGCGUUUCGUCUGUAAUUGUCUGCAAUCAAUGGCUGUUUGGCGUAUAAUCAAUCGUUCGUACGUCAAGUACGCAUCGAGUCGAUUCACCAUGAGUUACAGUCAAGCUUCUCUUGCUUCCUCGAUAAAUUAUGCUGCUAAGCAGACAAGGAUAUGUUCUUCGGACAAUCCGAAUUCAGAUAUCUGUAGAAACCCAUACAGCGUUUUCGAGAACGUCAGGUUCCUCGCCUCCUCCGUUCUGGCAAGGAUGAAGAAGGAGGAUAUCGAGAUAGAUGGUCCACGUCUCAAUGAGCAGAUUACUGCCCCAUUCAUUAGAUUGGUGACUGAGGAAGGGCAUUUCGUCGUGCCAAGGAGUGAGGCGCUAAGACGGGCAAAGGAUAAAGAACAGGACUUAGUUGAGGUUCAAAAGGAUGGGAAUCCACCAGUCUGUAAAAUAAUGGACUAUAAUCGUGAGAAAUACUUGAGAGCUGCCAAGGAGAAAGAACGUACUAAGGCCAAGAAAGCAGAGGCAACUCUCCGACCGACUGUCAAGGAAGUUCAGUUCACUCCGAAAAUUGAACUGAAAGACCUCAAGCUUAAAGCAGAUCAAGCGUUGAGAAUGAUGGAACGUGGAUAUCGGGUGAAGUGCAUAGCAGUGCCCGACAAGAAUCGGGAAUUUGAGCCGGAGAAACUGAUGGAGCUGCUAUCUCGUUUCGCUUCACUCAUCGAGGAUGCAGUGGUGGAAAACGGGCCGAGCGUGGCGAAAAAGCAAGCCUUUGUGACAGUGAGGCACGCAAAGUUCGGGGAAUCGAAGAAAGGAGGGAUCAAGAAACUGAAGGACGUAGACAUGAAAACGGUGCCUCAAGCCCCUCCACCUAAAGAAGACUCUACAGAUGAUAAAAGAUCGGAACCCGAUAAAAAGGAAACGACGAUUGCUGAUUCUGUCGAGGAGGAGAGAUAUGAUUUCGUGGACGUUUCCGAGAAGCCUGUUGCGAAUCGUAAUCAACCAGUCGAAAGCCACAACAGGUAUGCGAAAAGGGAACCGAGCAAUCAGUUUUCAGCUGGGCGGGCAUCGGAUAACAGAGGCUCUGACAGUAGAGAUGCGAACCGGUAUGGACCUCGACCUCCAAGCCCACAAGCUUCUCAACCCCGGUUCCCGAACCAGCACCCAACCGGGGGUCAACCUCAGUAUCAGAACCCACAAGCUUCUCAACCCCGGUUCCCGAACCAGGACCCAACCGGGGUUCAACCUCGGUAUCAGAACCCACAAGCUUCUCAACCCCGGUUCCCGAACCAGGCUCCGAAUCAGCAGCCUACCAGGUUUCAACCUCAGUCUCCAAAUCAGCCCCUGAACCAGCAGCAGUCUCGGCCCCGGUUCCCGAAUCAACAACCUACCAGACCCGGGGCCGGAAGGUCGAGUGGUCCAGCUGCGUCUGGUUAUGGGAUCUUCAGCAACCCCGGGAAGAACGACAACAAUGGCGACAGAUGAGACAGCCAUGAUUUUCGUCAGGAGUAGCAACGGUUUUUUUCAUUCAAACGCCCAAAAGAUUGGAUUUUGAUCGCUCUGGUGGAAUGGCUGAUGAACUCUGGAUGAGAUGAAGCUCUCUCUACCCAUGAGAUUUUACAGCAACUGUGGCUAUGGGUGGGUCCCCUCUCUUACAAAUUAACCUAUUACAUUAUAGUCUUUUGUGACACUUUUCUAUGGAUUUUCUUUGGCCACCUAAUUGUUUGGGGUCUCAACAAUUUUGGAUUUUAUGUUAUCUAGAGAGUGAUUUUUGCCAUUCCA